AUGGAAAAAAAUGAAUAAAUACCAGAAGAUCCAAAGAUGCUAUUAUUGACAAUGGAAUUGAAUAGAAUGGCCUAUUAGAGAUAGAUUAUCAAAUCAAAGGAAGAAUUUGAAAAGUCUACCAACUAUUCUAAUAAAGAUAAUAAUCACUAAAUUCAAGAAUGUGAACGAUAAGUAAAAUAACUAAAAGAUGCAUUAAUAAAAAAAGACUAAAACAUAGAUAAAUUAACUUAAGAGCUUAAUUUAGAAAAAUAAAAAAAUUAACAACUAUAAAAUUAAUUUGAGAAUGCCUAAAAAUAAAUUUAAUAACCAAAGGAGGUUAAAUCUUAACCAUAAUUAGACUAAAAAGCAAUUCAAUUACUUUAUAAUAAACAAUAUAAUAAAUAAGUUUAAGGUUAGCCAAUAUUGUAAGCAGUUCAUUAAAAAGGAAAUCCAUCUCAUAAAAUAAAUUUAAAUCCUCCACUAUAAUAGACAAAAAUAAUUUAAUAACAACACUAAUAAUUGUAAUACUAGUAAUCUUAGUAAUUUAAUUAAAAGAACUCAUAAUCAAAACUAAUAGCAAAUUAAUAAAAGUAAGUUCAAUAGCAAUAACCUUCUUAAUAUACUUAAUAAUAGUAUCUAUUUUAUCAGUAACCUACUGUAAAUUAUCAAAGGCAAGGAUGA